GAUAGUAACUUGCAGUUUGAGAGCACAUGAGUGUUGUCAGGGCUAGCCCGCGUGGCUCACUGCGCGUUGGGGCUCCGUGGUACCUGCUGGGGAAUUCACCUUGUCAUUGCCUGGGAAGUUUCCCUCCGUUUCAACCUCAGAAGAGUUGUGGUCUCUCACACCAAAGAGGCUGUUGGGCUUUCUGGAGGCAAUUCCAAGACAUUGAAGUGCAAAGAAGAGUCACUCCCUAGGAAUUAAAAAAAAAAAAACUAUGACCAAAGGCAAUGGAGAAGAGGCCCGGAUUGGGGGCAGAAUGGAGAGAUUCCAGCAAGGAGUCCGGAAACGCACGCUUCUGGCCAAGAAGAAAGUUCAGAACAUCACAAAGGAGGAUGUUAAAAGUUACCUGUUUCGGAAUGCUUUUGUGCUGCUCACUGUCACCGCUGUCAUUGUGGGUACAAUCCUGGGAUUUACCCUCAGACCGUACAAAAUGAGCUAUCGGGAGGUCAAGUACUUCUCCUUUCCUGGGGAACUUCUGAUGCGGAUGUUACAGAUGCUGGUCCUACCGCUAAUCAUCUCCAGUCUUGUCACAGGAAUGGCGGCCCUAGAUAGUAAGGCAUCAGGAAAGAUGGGAAUGCGAGCUGUAGUCUAUUACAUGACUACCACCAUCAUUGCCGUGGUGAUUGGCAUAAUCAUUGUCAUCAUCAUCCAUCCUGGGAAGGGCACAAAGGAAAACAUGCACAGAGAAGGCAAAAUUGUACAAGUGACAGCUGCAGAUGCCUUCCUGGACUUGAUCAGGAACAUGUUCCCUCCAAAUCUGGUGGAAGCCUGCUUUAAACAGUUUAAAACCACCUAUGAGAAAAGAAGCUUUCGAGUGCCCGUCCAGGCCAAUGAAACGCUCGUGGGUGCUGUGAUUAACAACGUGUCCGAGGCCAUGGAGACCCUCACACGGAUCACCGAGGAGCUGGUACCAGUUCCGGGAUCUGUGAAUGGGGUCAAUGCUCUGGGACUCGUGGUCUUCUCCAUGUGCUUUGGUUUCGUGAUUGGAAACAUGAAGGAGCAGGGACAGGCCCUGAGAGACUUCUUUGAUUCUCUCAACGAAGCCAUCAUGAGACUAGUGGCCGUGAUUAUGUGGUACGCCCCUCUGGGCAUCCUCUUCCUGAUCGCAGGGAAGAUUGUUGAGAUGGAAGACAUGGGUGUGAUCGGGGGACAGCUGGCCAUGUACACAGUGACGGUCAUCGUUGGCUUGCUCAUCCACGCCGUCAUCGUCCUGCCGCUCCUGUACUUCCUGGUGACACGGAAGAACCCUUGGGUUUUCAUUGGAGGAUUGCUCCAAGCCCUCAUCACAGCUCUGGGGACGUCAUCGAGUUCUGCCACCCUCCCCAUCACCUUCAAGUGCCUGGAGGAGAACAACGGCGUGGACAAGCGUGUCACCAGGUUCGUGCUCCCUGUGGGGGCCACCAUCAACAUGGACGGGACGGCCCUGUACGAGGCCUUGGCCGCCAUCUUCAUCGCUCAAGUCAACAACUUCGAACUGAACUUCGGCCAGAUUAUUACCAUCAGCAUCACAGCCACAGCCGCGAGUAUUGGAGCAGCUGGGAUUCCUCAGGCUGGUCUUGUCACCAUGGUCAUCGUGCUGACAUCUGUAGGCCUGCCCACUGAUGACAUCACACUCAUCAUCGCAGUGGACUGGUUCCUGGAUCGCCUCCGCACCACCACCAACGUCCUGGGGGACUCUCUGGGAGCUGGGAUUGUCGAGCACUUGUCACGACAUGAACUGAAGAACCGGGACGUUGAAAUGGGCAACUCGGUGAUUGAAGAGAAUGAAAUGAAGAAGCCCUACCAGCUGAUCGCCCAGGACAGCGAAGCUGAGAAAGCCACUGACAGUGAGACCAAGAUGUAGACCAGCGUAAAGCAAGUCAC